GUGAAUAAAAAAUUUGUAAUUAUUAAAUUUAUUAGUAUUAUUAUUUUUAUUCUAAAAACAAAUUGAAAUAAAUAUAUUCAAAAUAAAAUAAAUAAAAUAAAUUUUUAUUUCUAUAUAAAUAUAUAUUAUAAUUUAUAAAUAAAUAAUAUUAUGUAUGAAAAAUAUGAUCAAAGUUAAUUAUAUUUUUAUAUAUGUAAAUAAUAAGUCAUAUUAAUUAUGUAUUUAUUUGUUUACAAUCUACAAACAAAAAUACGAAUUUCUGCUGAACAUUUUCUAAUAAUAUUCCAAUUUAUUAAUGAUCCAUUAUGUAUUAAAAUGGCAAUGAAAUGUGAUUAAUAUUUGAAUAUAAUCUUUUUUUUGAAGUUUUGUGACAUUAUUAAUAAAUUCAAAAUAAUUUGUUUUAUAACAUUUAAAAUAAUUAAUUUAUUUUAUCUUGUGUUAUAAUAUAUAAAACUCUAUGAUGUCCAUAUUACAAAGACUGUCAAAAUUACCUCAAAAUUUAUAUUGUUUUGCAAACAUUCAAAGAUAUCCAAAACGAAAUGAAAGUUUUUUAUCUGCAUCUCGACAAUCUUCAUUAUUGAAAACAAUAUUCAAAGCAAGUUUAGUAGGAAUUUCUAUCGGAUUUCCAGUUGGUAUAAUUUUUACAACAGGUUAUACUUGGUAUAUAAAUAAAAAAGCUGCAAAAACUUAUCAUUUGGAAGGGAAAGAAAAAAAAAUUAAAAUACUCCAAGAAAAACCAUCAGUACCAAUUUCUAGAGAAGUUGUUUCUCCAAUGGAUCCUACUGAAUUAAAGUUGACUUUAUUUCAAUAUCAGACAUGUCCUUUCUGUUGUAAGGUCAGAGUUUUCUUAGAUUAUUAUGGAAUAUCUUAUGAUAUUGUUGAAGUUGAUCCUGUAUUACGAAAAGAAAUAUCUUGGUCAUCUUAUAAAAAAGUACCAAUACUUUUAGCACAAAUAGAUUCAGGAUAUCAGCCUUUAAAUGAUAGUUCAAUGAUUGUUUCUCUAUUAGCAUCAUAUUUAAAAGAUAGAUCACAAAAAAUAAAUGAUUUAGUAGAAUAUUAUCCAAGUAUAGCAAUGCAUGAUGAAAAUCAAAAAUUGAAAUAUGAAAUCAUGAAUAAAUAUUUCUUAAUGUAUAAAGAAAAUUUAAUUUCAGAUGAAAAUAUUAAUGAGAUUAUAGAAGAACGUAAAUGGAGACAAUGGGUUGAUGAUGAAUUUGUACAUACAUUAUCACCAAAUGUAUAUAGAACACUUAGUGAAGCUUACAAAACUUUUAAUUGGUUUUCUGAAGUUGGUAAAUGGAAAGAAUAUUUUCCAAUGUGGGAAAGAUUAAUAAUAAUAAAUAUAGGUGCUAUAGCUAUGUGGUUUAUAUCAAAACGUUUAAAAAAAAGACAUAAUUUGAAAGAUGAUGUUAGACAAUCUUUAUAUGAUGAAAUUAACAAAUGGUUAUAUGCUAUUAAAAAACGUGGUGAUACAUUCAUGGGAGGAAAAAAGCCUAAUUUAUCAGAUCUUGCUGUUUAUGGAAUUUUGAAAAGUAUAGAAGGAUGUAGUGCUUUUAAAGAUGCUUUAGAAAAUACUAAACUUUGUACAUGGUAUGAUGCUAUGGCCAAAGAAGUAGAAACACAUUCAGGAAGCAAAUAUUUAAUGGCUAAAUAAUAUAAAUAAUUUAUACUUAUAGAUUUAUAUUAAUAUCUUAUUUACUUCAAUUUCAUUAAAAUUAUUUUGAUUUUAUUAUUAUUAUAAUUUAUCUUAAUUGUUAUAAGAAAUUAAUAUAAAUAAAAUUACAUUUUAUGUUAUUUUAUUAAAGCAUGUACAAUAUGUUAGUAUAAAAUUAGUAUAGUUAAUAUGAUAAAAAGAAAUAAAAAUAAAUUACAUUAAAGAUAAUAAACUUUUAAUGCUAAAAAAAUAUGUAUAUAAAACUUCAAAUUAAUAUAAAAAGCAUAAUAAGAAAAAAUCUAUAUUUCGAUAGAUUUAGAAGAUAUUUAGAAGAUAAAAACAUAUAUAAAUAAUUUUCUGCAUUAAUAUAAUUUGUAAGUAUUACAUGAUAAAAUAGUACUUAUAUCUUUUGAUAUUUCUUAUAUCUUUUUAAUUUUUUUUUAAUUAAAAAUAUUAUAUUUUUUAAUUUUUAAUUUAUUUACAUAAAUAUAAUUAAAAAAAUUAUACAUUAAAUCAUACAUUAAUUUCUAUAUUUCAUAAUAUCAAAUAUCAAUUCAAACUGUACAAGGUAUUUGACGGUAUGUUAAUGAAAAUCCUUUAUUUUCAAAGUCUCCAAUUUCAUUUCCAUUUGUAAUAACAUAUAAUACAAAUGGUUUGGAAUAUGCUAAAAUAAAAAAAAUUAUUAAUUGUAUUUUUAUUAAUUCUAUAUUAUAUAUAUAUAUACUUUAAAUAUAUAUGAUCAUUAUAUAGGAAUAUA